UGCCAAUCUGUGACAAACGCCCGAACCAUACCGCAACCUUUGUAAAUCGACCCGACAAGCCCAAUUCGAUUUCACAAGCAGCACAUAAUACCACCAUAAAGAUCAAAAUGUCGACAAUCCCGCCGUCAGCGAUGCAAUCGGGCCACGCGCCCAUCAUUCCGCUCUCGUUCAAUGCGCGCCAACCCGAAAAAGUCAGACUUUAUCCCAUGACAAACUAUACUUUUGGUGUAAAAGAGACACAACCCGAAGAAGACCCCUCAGUCAUUGCCCGUCUCAAGCGCCUCGAGGAGCACUACGUGGAGCAUGGCAUGCGCCGCACCUGCGAAGGCAUUCUCGUUUGCCACGAACAUAACCAUCCCCAUAUCCUAAUGCUGCAAAUCGCCAACGCCUUCUUCAAGCUGCCUGGCGACUACUUAAAACCCGAAGAUGACGAGGUAGAGGGCUUCAAGUCCCGGCUUGACGAACGACUAGCCCCUGUUGGCAAGCUUGGAGAGGGCGAGAAGGAAGGCGAUUGGGAGAUUGGCGAGUGCAUUUCGCAAUGGUGGCGCCCAAACUUUGAGACCUUUAUGUACCCUUUUAUUCCGGCCCACGUCACCCGACCGAAAGAAUGCAAGAAACUCUAUCUCAUCCAGCUCCCGAGAAACAAGACGUUGAGCGUGCCGAAGAAUAUGAAACUUCUGGCCGUUCCUUUGUUUGAGCUAUACGAAAAUACAGGCAGAUACGGACCUCAAUUGUCGGCUAUCCCACAUAUUCUCAGCCGUUACAACUUUGAAUUCGUCGAUGAUAACGACAACGUUGUUGCCGUGACACCAGGAGACGCUCCCCCAGAAGGAUAUGUUCCCAGAACAAAGGUUCUGGCUGGGGGCGACGACACCGAUAUGAAUGAAGAAAAUGGAACCAACUAAUUCAAAAGAGGAUCAUCCUAGUAACGGAGUUUGGCGUAUAAUAGGUGGUUUAGACUCAAGCAGCGGGGCAGACCAACUGCUCCCGCAUGUAUUCAUUACAAUUCAUACUCAUUAUUAGAUCUAAGCUUUCUCUCCUUGAAUGGUGGCCAUGAUUUUACGCUGGUGCUUCAUGGCGCGAAAUUCGAGAUACCAGAUGCCCUGCCAUGUUCCAGUGGCCUGUGAAGUUAGUCGACGUGUAAAUACGACAGUAAUGCAUAAUUGACAUACCAGUUUGCCAUCCUUGAUAGGAAUGGUAAGGCUGGCCCCGACAAGGGCAGAUUUGAUAUGGGCCUGUAGAACGGUAAAUAGUUGUAUUUAGACAUGGAGCUUAGAGAGCUUACAGGCAUGUCAUCGGGGCCUUCGUCGCUGCUAUGGGUUAGUUGAAGUGACACAUUGGGUUUAUUUGAGACUUACUCGUGGCGGUACAGAACCUCGCCGUUAGGUCCGUAUUCGGGUGCAAUUCUAUCCAAAGCAUCACUCAUGUCGUCACGAACGGUAGGGUCGACUACAAGAAGUCAGUGUGUGUGAAGCACGAUUCGAUCCGUUGAACCUACAGUUCUCGUUGAGGCUUAGGCCGCAGCUGGUGUGCUGGAUAAAGAGGUUGAGAAGGCCAACCUUGUAGUUGCGAAUCUCGGGCAGCGCAGACACAAUCUGGUCGGUGAUGAGGUACGAGCCGCGAGCCUUUGCGGGCAAGGUAAUCUGCUUUUGGAACCACGACAUGGUGGCGUAGCUGGAGGAUGAGUAUGCGGGGGUUCUUUCAAAGCCUAGGAGCGCCAGCGGAAGUGUCCAGACAAAGUUAAAUAAGCUUGGAAAGAGACAGAUGAAUAGAAGAAUAAAUAGCAGUGCUAUUGUCGUAGUGGAAACGUGAUGGGUUCGAUGCGGCAUCUCGUCAAUUUUGCGUGGUGUAUGAUGUAG